UUCUACUUCGAGUGCUAGUGCUAGUGCUAGUGCUAGCGUGUCAGCGAAGCGUCCAAGAGCAUGAGCUCAUAGCAGCGCUUGGUCGGAAGAGGGUGGCAAAUGUCUGGGUCACUGGGUUGUCGCUUUUUUUCGGCUGAGCUAUAAAUAGUCGGGAAUUGCCACACUCCACACUCACUUGCUGACACUUGAGGCGAGCUGUCCCCACUCCUCUCCACUCCACCCCCACUUCAUCCCACCCCCACCCCUCCUCCAGCUGCCUUUGUUAUUGUGUCAACAGUUGAGCCCUUUGUUUGCCAGAUGCUGGACUCUCUUGCACUCAGCUGCUGUCCAGGUGACGCAGCAUAAUGGACACAAGCCAGGACACAAAAGGUAAUCCGAGAGUCGUCGCCAUUGUUCCAGCCUCGCUGCCCGGGGCUAUAAAAGCGUAGUCGCCAUCGCUGGGCAAGGCGCACAUCGAGCCAAACUCUGCACGAGAAAGCAUCGAGCAAUGCCAUGGAUGGCCACUUUGCUAGCAGCGCUGACGCUGCGCUGCCUCGUCGUCAGCGUCCAUGGAGGAGGAGGUGGAGGAGGAGGGAAUCGCUUUGCAGCCUACGAUGAUCUGCAGCCGCCAGCUCGCAACUCGCAUCCCAAACGCUGCAAUCGUUAUAUGGACUGCGCCGAGCAGUCGCCAGUUGUGGAGGAUAGCGAUGCCGAGCUGACUGCUGACAACUCCAAAAUGCUCAACGCACUCUUUGGUCUCGUGCAGAGCACCCCAGCCCCGGCUCAUCCCAUGGAAGCGACGCUCACGCCUUACCAACUGCCUGCCAUGUACUACAACGACUUCUACGAGGAUCUGCUGACCAACAAGCGCAACGAUGUCCACGCCGCCGGUUGCGACUGCAAGAACGAUCUCAAGGACUUGGGCAGCAGAUUUUACCCUCGCUAUCUGAUGAUCGCUGUCUGCGAAUCGCCAAUGCGUGAUGCAAAAUGCACGCAAGGCUCCAACUGCAAACCGCUGGAGUACAAGGUAAAGGUGCUGGAACUUACUACCGACAAGACAGCUGCCUCUUCUGCCUCCAGGCUGUGGAUAGCCGAGGAUAUGUCGGAGCCUUGGGUGUGGAAAUUCAAGACAGUCACCGUGCCCGCCGGCUGCUUCUGCACCAAUUAACUCCAAUUCAAAAUGAUGUUUGUUUUAUGUUUAAUGCAAAUUGCACAAUAUCGUGUCUUAAAUACAGCUUUAUUGGGCUACAAAGAUAUGU